AUGUGGUGGCGCAUUUCACUUGCUAGAUUUGGCGAGGCAGGAGAAAUAUCACGAGUGUCAGGGAUUCAGGGGGACCUUUGCUGGUAUGGUCUAACCCAUCGGAAUAGAAACUGCAGUUUUUUUGAUAGGGGAUGGAAUAUGGGGUCCUUGUGCACAAUGAGCUUUCAGAAGGAACAUUUACUUCAUAGGCCCACUACUUGUACAAGUUGGAAAGUGCUACAACUUAUUGAUAAGCAUGAUCAAACAUUAAAACCGUGCAAUCUUAUCUCUACUCUGCUAAGUACCCUUCUUCUGGUCUGGCUUGUGAACACGGUAGAAUUCAGAAAUUGA